CAAACGCCCACUCACAAACACUUCCUUAUGAACACCAUAAAUACACAUCUGACCCUCCUGUCAAACCCUACUCAACAGAACUGACAAGAUGCACAUCAUCAGCACACUCCUCUUGCCGCUGCUGCUCCUGCUCUCCGGUGUCCUCUGCGGCGCUUCAGAGGUGGAAUCCGUUCCCACCUAUGAGCGGCAAGACCCGACCACGGGGGAAAUCCUCAUCUGUGCCAAGUGUCCCCCGGGCACGCACAUGUCCGCGCACUGCACAGCCACCACGCCCACCAAGUGCGAGCCGUGCAAAGACGACCACUUCACCGAGCUGUGGAACUACCUGCCCAGGUGUCUGUACUGCAACAACUUCUGCUAUGAGAACCAGGUGGUGGAGAAGGAGUGCUCACCGACAAGCAACAGGGUCUGUCGGUGCAAAGAGGGUUUCUACUGGGCCGAUGACUUCUGUAUGAGACACUCGGAGUGCGGGCCUGGACAUGGUGUCAAAACGAGAGGUACACCACAAAUGAACACAGUUUGUGAAAGGUGUGCCGAGGGUAGCUUCUCAAACUCGUCUUCUGCGCUGGAUCCGUGCGUAAAUCACCAGGAAUGUGCAAGCGGAGAGCUUGUGCUCCUGAACGGCUCAAUUUACCACGACUCAGUGUGUGGCACCUGCGAGGAUCUUGCAAGUGAAGGUGAGACGUUCAGGGAAUUCCUGACAGGAUUCUUCAGUAUGCACAGGAUGCGGGUGUCAAAAAUGAAGAAAUUUGUCAGCAGGUACAUUCAAAAGGCGGGGGUGGGCAGGCGCGUCAGGGGCACUUCCCUCCCCAAACAGAGAGGUCCGCUCCUGGAUAGAAUCAGAGCUUGGCUGAACGAGGCUCCAGAGGAGGAGCUGAAGAAACUCCCGAAUAUGCUGAGGACAACACAUCUCAACUCCAUGGCACAAAAACUAAAGCAGACAUUCAAUGAGAUUAAGCAGCAGAGCCCAAGCUGUACUUUAGUUUAAUGUGUUAGCCUACGUACAGUACAGUUAAGAAUAGGCUAAUAUAUACCUCGUCCUCUUAUUUGGCCCUUUUGCCCACUUGAAAACAAGCAUUUUAUCGUCUUUUUCAUUUAUCUGUUAAUUGAGACUACCUGUAGGAGUGUUUCCUAGAAAUAAUGUUAUUUGCUACUGGAAAAUGUGCAGUUUAAGCUGUACAUAUUAUGAAUAUGAUGACAGACGUGAGUGAGCUAUAACUAAGUUAAAUGUUACGAUGUAUGAUGUUCUGUAAAAUGAUGUGAUAUCAGACUGGAAACUUGUACUUGUGUCACAUGCGGCAGCUAAAUAAAGUAAAUCUUGAAAUU